CUGUCAUACAGUGGCUUAUUCAGAACAAGAACUAGUAUAAGAGUUGGAACCAAGGAGAGUCUGUGGUUUUGUGAAAUUCAAGGUCAUUUUGCACAAUUAUGUAUCGUUCUCAUUUUGCCUAGUGUGAAACAAGAAUGAUAUAGCUACUUUCUCACUGAGAGACAGUCCAAAAAUUGUUUCCCUCCAUGGGAGCAUCUGAGUCCACGUGUGAACCCAAGCAUUCAUGUGUGAACAAAGGCAUUUUUACCUUGCCUUAUAUUUUUUAUUUAUCACUUAGCCAUCCAAGUGGGAAGCAGAAACAUCACUGUGAGAUUUGGCCAAAUUUGUAGCCACUGCAGACACUGGUGAUGUACGGGCUUAAGCAAGCUGAUAUAAAUAGUUAGGUUUUACAACUUUUGCAGGCUAGAUUUUUUUUACCAUUUUUCUCAUCACAGUCUCAUACACUCAAACAGAGACAGUAUAUGGAACUUUCUGAUGUCAGUAACAGAAUAAUGCCCUGCAGACUUUGGCUUCAGAACUAAACAGCUGUUCUGCAUUUUUAGUACACCCAGUGACAAAAGAUGUUUCAUGGAAUCAACCGUGAAAUCAGAUUUUGCAUACAUUAAGGCUUUGGACUAGUCCUUCUCCAUUUCAGAGUGCAUGGGAAAAAUCUCGAAAGAAGGGUGUCAGGAAUGCUUAGUGUGCAGAGGCAUCCAUUCUUUGCUGAUAAUACAAUUUAUUUCCUGAAGGGUAAAACUAAAACUAGGCAGUCUUCUGGACCACUGACAUUGAGGGCACUAGAAAAUGUUUUCCUUCCGCUAUCAGUGAGAACAGAAUAAAUCUGUAAGAACAGAUUUAUAAGUGAUUAGAGACCUCACCUUUGCUGACCAAAAAAAGAAAAAAAAAAAAAAGUAUAACAUCUACACACAGCUCAGCUGCAGUAACAACUGUUUAGAAAAAACACCUCAAAAGCUUCUGAAGCAGUGGGCAUGUCCUGGGUGAGAAUAUUCUGAGCAGUAAAUUGGUGCUUUCAUCUGUUCAGUGCUUCAGAGAAAAAGCAAAAGAAUUUGAGGACACCCUCCAAAAUAACUUAAGUUUCUAGAUCAUGGGAAACUAUUCUAGAGAGGUGUUAGCCAUCCUCCUCUUUCAACUGACUCCAUCAAAGUCAAAGGCUGUGCCCGAGUUCAGUGUACUAGAACUCUAGCAGCUCAAAAAAAAGUAAUAAAGGUAAUCAGUGGCUACAUUUUGCAUGGAAGAGAGCUGAGAAGGCAAAUGUUAGUUGGUGGAAUAAAUUCUUGCUAAUAAUCAUGAGAUCCAUAUGAAAUAUCCUGAACAGUUUGAGGUGUAGAUCAAAUGUUUUAACAUCACCAAGCUGAGCGUCUUUCCUGUACUUGUGGAAUGACUUUCUUUCAGAUGUCUUAUAACCAAACAUGUAUUUCUGUGCACCAAAAUCUACAUUGCAGAAUUUCCCAGCUGUGCAGUUCUUUCUACAAACUGCUAGUUAUGUUUGGGAAGCAGGGGCGCCUGCCUUAAACCUUGUCUGCUUAAGGGAAUGUAAAAGAAAAAAAAUCUGCUAUGUAUCUGGCAUACAUCACUAUAGUUACAGCUAUGUAAAUCCUAAUGUGCACAUUCUCUUCUUGAUUUAUAUUGUUUUUAAAACAGCAAACAUUAAUCUAGAAGAAUUCUUAUUCUGAAACGUAUGCUAAAUGUGUCUUCGUUACACACAUCUUCAGUAUAGUAGUAAUAGCGCAGUAGAUUUUUGUUAGUAAAUUUCUUGUGUAAACAAACCUUUCCACCUCACAAGGUGAAACUGGAGCUUUUGAAAAUGUGAACUUGAAGUAUGUGUGAACUCUAUUCCAGAAAGCUUAGAAUACAGUAAUUCUGCCAAAGAAUAUGUUGUUUUGCUAAUAUAAAACUAAAAAAAAACCAAAAACUGUUUGGCAUUUUUGUGUUUUAUUUAUUUAUGUUUAUUUACCCCAGGGGGAUUUGCCUACAAUUACCUCCUUCUCUCAAGUAGUUUUCUUUGGUGUUUAAAUGAGUAGUAGUGUGUUUUUCCUUUACUGUUGUGCAGAGUCAGGCAGAUGGGAACCUGGAAUCCAGAAGUGAUCUCUGGCUUGCAGCCAUAGACUGACUAUUAAGGAGCCAGAAAUAUUGGCAAGCCACCUAAGCAUAGAGGAGGGCAGUGCAUCAGGUGAUAUUCUGGGUAAAUGGGGAUGCUGGUCACCAGUGUCAUCCAUGAGGUAGCCCUUUCCAUAGCCUACUCACUAGGCAGAAAGUUUUCAGAAGAGCUGCCUGAAUCAUGCCUGAGGUUUGGGGAGUAGAACUAGCAUGUUUGCAGAACCAAAUGAACAAACAUACAUACCCUUCAGUAAAGGCAGUCUUAAAAAUGCUCAGUGAUGUUUGUGUUGGUGUGUUUUAGCUAUCAGCUGUAACACUGCAGCAGGUGUAACAAAAUAGGAACGUAUGAUACUGUGGUACAUCAUUCUGCAGUAUGACUGAAUGAACGUUGCAUCAGAUUUUAGGACAUUCUGUAAUAGGGAUAUAUACAUGAGCGCUGUGGAAAUCAAUUCCACCAUGUCAGUUAAACAUAGAGGGUACUGCAUAAGAGGUUUGGAUGGCACAUCUCUUUAUCCUGCAACUGCAGGUUUUACAGCCUCUCUGAAACAGUUCUGGAUGCAUCAAGUGUAGGCGAAUUACACGGGGGAGACAUGGAGUAUAUAAGUGUCUGCCUUUCAGUUGGGAGAAUUAAGGUGGUUAGGGUUAAUUCUUAAAAGGCAGAGGAGAGCAGGUUGUUUACUUGCAAGAUUAUUAGAAUGAGUGUUAGGGAACAGCACAUUUGACCAAGUGGGUAUGUCCCAUCUUUGAAAAGUUGAGAGUGUAACACACUGUUAAACAAUAUAUAUGUUGUUUCCCUUUGACACAGAUAUUUUGUGUUUUAUCCAGAGAUUAUUAAGUUUGAUGAAUAAGAAUUUCCUACAGGACAAGGUCAGGACAUUAAGUUGAAUAUGUCUUGUUUGUGUAUUGAAGCCUGGUGAGGCUGCAUAUGGAUGACUUUAUCCAUUCUUGGGCUUCUCGGUAUGAGAGACAUGGACAUAUUCAACAGGUCCUGCAAAGAUAAGACUGCUUUAGAUACAGUGGAUAAGGACUUGGAGCAUCUCAUACACGCAGAUUCUGCAAGAACUGGGGCUGCUCAGCCAGGAGGAGAGAAGGAGGCUCAGGGGUUCUCAUCACUAUGUAUAAAUAUGUGAAGGGAGGGAGUGAAGAAGGUGAAAGCAGACUGUUCAGUGGUACUUAGUGAGCAGUCUAUUCACUGGGCACAAACUGAAAAACAAGAAACUCCAUUUAAAAGUUGCUGAUUUAAAAAAAAAAUAUUUUUAAUGUGAGGGUGGUCAAAUCCUAGAGAUUGUGGAGCUUCUUGGAGAUGCUCAAGAUGGAACUAGGCAUGAAUCUGGACAAUCAGCUCUGUCUGACCCUAGUGAGGGCAAGGGGCUGCACUCAACAGCUUCCAGAGAUGCCUGUCACCUUCAGCUCUUCCAUCGUUCUGUGGUGAUCGAUGGAAUGGAGACCACUGUGUUACAGUCUGUUGUGUGCAAUUUGUGUACAUGCCUUGUGGUGCUUGAGGGGCAGUAGUUUGGGUGUGCUGUAAACACAGCACAUGUCAAAUGAAUUAAUAGCAUAGUUGAGAAAUUCUUGGGACUAUUCUAUUAAUAGUUGUGGUGACUAGCCAGCCAGUUGUACUGGGGUUGUAAGGUAUGAGAGUUUCAUACAGGGAGUAUUUUAGUCAUGCCAUUCCUGAGAAGGAAUUAAGAUCAUUAGCAGAUGUAAGGUAGAAGUUAGGGGACUUUCAAUGUGUACUGCCAUGUUGAAAGUGUAAAUUCAAUCCUGCAUGAAAGUAUAGGAGAUGGGGAAGAGAAAGGGUCAUUGAUGCGUCAGAUAUGAUAUGUCAAAGUGUGCCCGGCAUGCAUUUGGGAGGCAGCACGCUUUCACCAUGAAACAUACCUAAUAUGCACUAAUAUGUGUCUUGUAGUGUGUUAUGGAGGAAGCUGAGUAGGUGUGCUACAGAAACUGAUAAACAAGGUGUUGGUUAACACACUGAAUGUGUCAUACUAAUUUGUUGCCAGCAGUUAGACAAAUGAUAGCAACAGUGCAGCCCAGGUGAUAUACUGGUUAUGUCAAACAUGAUGAUGUAUGGCAGUAGUGUGUGGGAUAUGUCACACGUUUAUCUGCUGUACAAAGGACAAAGGUUUUGGCUGUACGUGCCAUGUGAAGCAGCAGCCGCGAAAAGCACGACAGUCAUCAUACGUUUUGUCAUGCCACCUGACGUUUGCCGCUUAACCUGCACCAUGCUGCCAGUACCCCGCAGUGGCAGGGUGAUAGUGGCACGUCCGCCCUGGGAGCAAGCAGCCGGAGCCGUGGAACGCAGCAGCCUGGCUGGAAGUACCUCGCAUAGCUGCUGGAGAGGCUGGGCAGAGCCGCGCCACUGCUGCCUGAGCCCUUUUUGUCUCGUCCCGGGCCUGGGGCACAGCGGCGCGAGCGCAGUACGACCGCAUAUCUAGCCCGCCGUAGACGGAAGAGUACCAAAGGGAAGGUCGUUGCCGUCGCCAGGCCGCGGAAGCCGGGAGGCGGCGCAAGGCACCGCAGGCGUGCCCUUAGUCGGGGCGGGGCGGGAGGACGGCCGGGCCGUGCGGGUGCGGCAGCCGCAGUGGCGGCCGUUGCGCCUGAGGGACGCGCGCGUGGCGACCGGCGGGAGCGCGCGGCCUGCCUUCCUGCCUCCCCCGCCUCCUCCCGGCGCCCCGCCUCGCGCCCUCUUCUCCGCGCGCGUCCUGGCCAUACUCGGCCGUUAGCGCCGCCGCCGCUUCAAUCCAUCCGUCAGUCGAGCGGCAGGAGAGAGCGCGGGAGGCGGCGGCGCCCGCUCUCUGGCCGGAGCGGCGACCGCGGGGGGCGGAGGUGGCGGCGGUGCGGGGAGUAGCCGGCACGGGCCGUCCGCUCUCCCCAGCCGCGGGGAGGAGGGAGUCCGAGGAGGGAGAAGGCGGAGGCCGAGCCCACUCCCCUUUAGGACCGCGCCGCUGAGUGACUGCUGCCCGCAAGGAGGGGGAGGAAGGGGCGAGCCUCUCCGCAGCCCUUAUCACGCCGCCGCCUGCCCGGGCCUCGGUCCGGCCCCGCGGGCGACGCUGAGGCGGGCGUCGGCGGGGCGUGCGGGCCGUGUGAGCACGAGCACGGGGUGUCGGUGUCUUCAGACUAAUUUAGAGGUUUAGUUCUGAUAAAGUUGAGACACAAGGAUUACAUACUAAGCUACUGCUCUCCACCAGUAUUAUUCUUCUUUCCUAUCCCUCUUCUCCCAUAGGGGAGUACGGCUUGGGAAUUUACUCACCCUCUUCCCCACAGAAAUCUACCUUGGUCCUUAAGGCAUCACCUAAGCAUUGCCUGUUAUAGUACCAGGAGAACGUUAUUUCUUGCUUGCUGCAGGAGCUUUAUUAGUAUAUUUGGAGUGCAGCAUAGAGAGGCAUCCAGGAGACUUCCUUGCCCUCCCUUUUUGAGCAAUAGGGGAUUCAGGAAAAGGGGUGCUUACGGAGACACGUGACCUCGUUAAAGGAGCCAAGACUGAAGCAGCACUUGGCACACCGAAGGAAGCGCCCACCUAUCUUUUGGCAUCUUUUUUGUCGUCUUCUCCUUCCUCACCCAAUUUCGGCAGUUCCAUUGAAAAGAAACCUUGAAGGUUGCAAGAAAAGCCCAAGAUGUGCAGUUCAGUUGCUCCCAGGUUGUGGUUCUUAACAGACCGUCGCAUCAGAGAAGAUUACCCUCAGCAGGAGAUCUUGAGAGCAUUGAAGGCCAAGUGCUGUGAAGAAGAGUUGGAUUUCCGGGCCUUGCUGAUGGAUGAAGUGGUGCUGACAAUUGAGGAUGGAAAUCUUGGUCUCCGGGUGAACGGGGAGCUUAUUACUGCUUACCCACAGGUGGUGGUUGUCCGGGUACCAACACCUUGGGUCCAAAGUGACAGUGAUAUCACAGUCCUUCGCCAUCUAGAGAAGAUGGGCUGUCGAUUGAUGAAUCGUCCCCAGGCCAUCCUCAACUGUGUCAAUAAGUUCUGGACGUUUCAGGAACUUGCUGGUCAUGGUGUGCCCCUGCCAGACACUUUUUCAUAUGGUGGUCAUGAGAAUUUUGCCAAAAUGAUUGAUGAGGCAGAAGUGCUGGAGUUCCCUAUGGUGGUGAAGAACACGCGGGGUCACCGAGGCAAAGCUGUGUUCCUGGCACGAGACAAGCACCAUUUGGCAGACCUGAGCCAUUUGAUCCGUCAUGAUGCCCCGUACUUAUUUCAAAAAUAUGUUAAAGAGUCCCAUGGCAAGGAUGUACGUGUCAUCGUAGUAGGAGGCCGUGUGGUGGGCACCAUGCUCCGUUGCUCUACAGAUGGGAGAAUGCAGAGUAACUGCUCACUUGGUGGUGUAGGGAUGAUGUGCUCACUGAGUGAACAAGGCAAGCAACUGGCAAUCCAAGUGUCUAACAUCCUGGGGAUGGACGUGUGCGGCAUUGACUUACUGAUGAAGGACGACGGUUCAUUCUACGUCUGCGAGGCCAAUGCAAAUGUAGGUUUCAUUGCCUUUGACAAGGCUUGUAAUCUAGAUGUAGCUGGUAUCAUUGCGGACUAUGCCGCUUCUCUCCUAACCCCCGGUCGCUUGACGCGGCGCAUGUCCUUACUCUCUGUGGUGUCCACGGCAAGCGAGACUAGCGAGCCAGAGCUGGGCCCUCCAGCUAGUGCCGUUGUCGACAAUAUGAGUGCUAGCUCCAGCUCUGUCGACAGCGACCCUGAGACCACGGAGAGAGAGUUGCUCACCAAGCUCCCGGGGGCUCUAUUCAACAUGAACCAGCUAUUAGCCAAUGAGAUCAAACUUCUUGUGGAGUGAUGCCACAUGUAAAUAGAUGACCAAUGGAACUCUCUUGUAAAAUUUUAUUUGAAACCAACUUGCAGUGCUGUUUAUCAGAGAAACACAGAGAAAUGAGGAAAGGAGAAUCAGUCGAGAGCAAGAUUAAAAGGCAUGUGUUCUGUGACUGCUGCCUCUAUUUUUUUGCAGAACAUAAUAUUGUGGUAAUUCUUCAGCACUGUUGUUAUAACGAAGAUGUUUAAUUUACAACUUAAAUGGGAGUUUUAUUUGGAUGCUGCUUCGUUUCUGCAACAUAUUGCAGUGCAUGAGUGUUCACAGGAAAGCUCUGAAAUAUGAUUAACUGGAAGAUUUUCAGAAAGCUCUGGCAGCUCUCUAGAAAGUUUUGUGAAUUAAUGCAGCAGUUAACUCUCUUCUGCUCUCUAAUCCUUGAUCCUGUAAAUUGCUGAGUGCCUUUAAUUCUCAGUGAGAGCUGAAGGUGUUAAAUGCCAGGUAUUUGAAACUCCUGGAUACCUACUGUUCCCACUCUCCUGGUAAAUUCAGCAUACUUUUGAAAUGAUCUCUUUCAGACCUUACAGGAUGUGGCCCUUAAAUGAUGAGGCAGAGGGGAGUGUCAGUUGCCCUAAUGUGAGCUUUCUGUACAAGUCUCUAAUUGGUGCCAUCUUGAUAUUAACUGGCAGAUUUGUGUCUGUUUUUCUUUAUAAGGCUUUUGAAAGAGGAUUUCUAGUACCUCAGAUUUUUUCACUUCAAAUCCUGAGUUUGGGAGGUAUGCAGGGGAAUUGGUCAUAUUAUAUUUGUGGUAGAAGUGGCACAUUUUAACAAUUUUUUGCAUGAUUGAAGGAGUUAAACAGCACUGUAAUGUUUGGUAUACAAAAUAAUGUUUAAUCCAAUGUGAAAAGAAAUUACACUAGUUUAAAAAAAAAUGUGCAUUGACUUGUAUUUGUUAGUGUUUUAGUCGUUUUGAGAGAGAUCUGCAAUGUUAAUGUUCCUUUUUUUUUUUUUUAAUUCAUGCUAGUCCAACACUCCCUUCUCUAUGCCUGCAUCUUUAACAGUGGCCAAAGUGAAAACACUGCAGACUAUUUGUUAAGGAAACACUGAGUUAAAGUCUGUACUAUGUUUUUCUAUGUUUUUUUUUUUUUUUUGAGUGGGAGGGGUAUUUUUUGCUUUUCCUGGGGGAGAAAUGUGAUAAGGUGUGGAGAAGUGAAAAGUUGGUGGAAAAAGUGAUUAGAAAUCUAGAGGUACAUUAGAAUAAAAUUGCAGUUCAUACAAUACUUAGAAGGCUUACUUUUUCCCACUGAAAAUAUUUAAAGCUGAUGUUAGAAAUCCAAAGUGCAUAACUGGGAAGAAGUUGUUAAUUCUUUGGGAAACAUGCAGAAAAUUAAAUUAAAAAAAAAUGGAGAGAAACUUAAAAAAAAAAAAAAAAAAAAAAAAGGGAAGAGAGCUCAGCCAGAAUAAUAAUAAUAAAAAUGUGUAACCUAGAUCCAUAAACAAUGAACAAAUUGAUUCUGUACUCCUAUGUGUAUGUGGUGUGAAUGCUCACACCUGUGUGUGUUUGUGAACGCGCAUUUGCUUUGCUUCAUUUCUUUUUGGGUUUUGGCUGUUUAGAUCCUAAUUUUUUUCUAGGCUGCCUGAUUUUUCUUAGUUGUUCUGGCUGUGCAUUUUCUCAUUAGCCUUCAGCUAUUUUGGGUAACACAUAACCAGAACAGAGAUAUUGAGCCAAUUUUUCAGUCCCUAUCUUCCCCUCCUCCUUUUCCUCCACCUUCUCCUCCCUCUGUUCUCAUUCCAGUUUUCUGGGAUCAUAAAGCCCUGGAACUAUAUAUAUAUUUAUAUAUAUAUAUAUAAAGAUAAGCCUCUUUUUUAAAAACACAAAGUAAAACGUUUACAAUUGAAUAACAAUCUUGUGAAAAUAGGGUUUGUUUGGAGGGGGGUUGUGUGUGUGUAAUGCUGCUGUUUUCUGGAUACUUUAAUGGAGCAUGUCCCGUGUACCCUCUGAGGCUCUGCACUGCCCACCUUGCGGCCCCUCUUCACCUCUCUGCUGUUCUGCUGUUUUAUCUUCACUUGGACCUUAAACACAACUCAUGGACACUAUGCAGAGAGUCUUCAAGAGGCAAUAAACAGAACAGUAUUAACAUGCUUUCAUGGAGGUUUGAUCAUGCUUCUUUGUACAGUUCUUUUUUUUUUUUUUAAUUUUAAAAGGAAUGUAAUAAAAUGGCUUUUUUUUUUGGUAGAAUUAAAUAUUAUUAUUAAAAUCGAGUGUAAGGUUGAGUGUUGGUGUUAAGCAGGAGAAGUGGACUAGCUGGUCCAGCAACAAAAGGGGCUUCAGCAGUCCAAAUAUUUUCAAAUCUUUUCUUCCUAAGCUUUCAGGUGCACAGGUUCUAUCUGAUCAAUGUAAAGGUCUUUAACUUCUAUGAAGAGUUGAAGAAACACAGAACACAAAAGAAAGCUGGUUUUUCUGGUCACUGAGCAGUACACUAUACUUCAGAAGCUCUUCUCCCCUUGCGUGUUUAUCUAAGGGGAAUUUGGGUGUUGGUUUUUUUUUUUUUUUUUUCCUUUUUAUUGGUAGGUGCUUGCACUUGUUGAGAAGCUGAUGGGUCAGUCUUUCCCUUUUCAGCUGUGGCACACACAAAGCACGUGUGGAAUAGAAGCAGGGAGUCAGCAUAUGCUAGCUGGUACAGUAGGACCUCUGUUCUUCUGUCACAAUAAUAUCUUUAAGGCAAAAGAGCACGUAACUGAACAUUCUGGGCUGUUUUUUAAGGCUCCAUUCUGUUUUGUGGAGAAAUGCUGUGGUACACAGUAACUUUACAUUUCUCUCACCCUUUCAGAAUAUCCAGAUAACGUUUUACUGUAAUAAAAUAGAUGUAGUAAAUAACCAUGAGAUUUUUUGACAAACAGUGGGAUGAGAGACUUAAACUUUGGUUCCUUUGUGAUAAGAUACUCCUCUGUGGUUGGUGCUUCCAAGCAAUUUUGGAGAUAAGUCUUCGCAUAGUGGUCAGGGAAGGAGGCAAUGUUUGAAACAUCAUAUAUGUUUGUUUAUACGUAGGUUAUUGAUAUUGCGUAUGAAAGCCCUCCUUGAAGAUUUAUUGGUACAAAUGGACACUCUUGUCUGAUGUAUUUUACUAUUUAUCCAUUGCUUCUGAAAUAGUGUAAUGUACAGAAUGGUAUGGGGUGUUGAGGGAGGUUCUUGCUUUUUACUCAAGUGAAAUAAAAUAUCCAGGUGUGGCCUGUUGUAACCAGGCAGUAUUUCCCAUUGAAGGUGAACUUCAGACAUCAGCUUUAUAUGCUGUAUUUUCUUCAUUUCCAUAUGCUACACACGCUAAACUUUCAUACAGUUGCGCUAACACUACCUGCAUAUUUGAAUUUGGAAGUUUAUGCUGAAAAAGUGAUCAAUAUAGAGCUGGAUUAUAAUAGUGUUAAGACAUCUUAUGGUGAUAGAAAUAUUUCUGUAUUUCUUAAUGUUUGAAAAAGCCAGUUAGAAAUGCUCUAGCAACAAUAAGUUUCUUAAACUACAUCUGAUUAUUUUUUCUUUUUUUUGUAACAGUGGGGACUUUAUUCUGUUCAAUUUAACAUGUCUUGCUAUGUCAAUGUAUGGAUUGUGUCUUAAGCUUUGUAUUUAAUGCUUUAGUGUGUUUUAUAAAAAUCUUUAUUUCAAUGUUACACCACAUCAUGCAUAAUGCAAUAAUAGGAGGUCCAUGCUUCAUGAGUAUGUGGACUGUUAAAGCUUUUUGUUCUGAGCUAGUGGUCACUCUUUGUGCAUUUUCUUCCACCUUGUGAGCUAUCUUUCAUGUGAGAUACUUAUUCAGGAAGUAUCCUCUGGAGCACCAGUGUACUUCAAAUGCAAAGGAUACUUCUUAAGAGGUUAUAUUGGACUUCAAAAUCCAACGCGUGACACCAGUGACGUUUGUUAAAUCUUUUUUCCCUUUUAUUGCGGAUAUCUGUCAGUGAAAUAUAUAAGCGACCCUAAGGGCUUAGAAAGACUUUGUGAAAACAAUUUGCAUGUACAAUACCUUUCUCACGGCUCACUCUUUUUGAGAAGGUUUAUGGGCUUUAUGGCUGGUGCAAGACAAACGACCCACUUCUGUUCUCUCUGUGGAAUUGUAGGUGCUCAGACAGGUAACCUCUGUUGCUACUGUCUUUUUUAAUUUUUAAUUUUUAAUUUUUUCACUAUUCUAGGAGUUCUUUUAAACUGAACACUGCAGGAUUUAUAAAUGGGUGUUUGCUGCCUUUUCCUUUUUUGUUUGCUUGUUUCGAGGGUGACUUUUGGAGCAUUCUUUUGGUGGAUCUUGCUGUUGGAAUCUCCAAGCCUCUCAUAUUUAUGUUUUCAGUUGAAAAGAUUUUAUUAAUUAAUUUAUUUAAAUUGAUGGUUGAAAUUUGCAUGAAUUUUGGGUUUGUUGUUGCUCUGUUCUGUGUGACUUAUUCUCCCUCCUCUUUUUUUUUUAACAGAAAUAUUUUCUAACAGUGCACACUUUCUUACUGUUCUCUGCAAAACUUUUCAGGAACUAAAAAAGUCAAACAAUCCAGAGAAAACCUUUCCUUCUCCCCUUUCCGAUGGCAAGAAUGAGAACUUACGAAAAGUCCUUGAGAAUAUUCCUUCCUAAACUUUUCCUCUCAGUAAUGCAAGUGGGUAAAAUGGUAAACACGGCAGUUUGGUGACACCUAAAACCGACCUGUUGUCAGGAAUGUACUGCUUGUGAAAGGUACUGGAUCAACAGUUGCGGAGACUGAACUCCUCUACCUACAAGAAAGGAGAUGUAUUCUCCCUCUUUUGGGGAGACUUUUUUUCUUGAUAACGUCCCCUUCAUAGUGGAGGAAAGAAAGGAUGAACCAGCAGCAGUGUGGAAUGGGGUGAUGUCCAGACUUGGAUUAGCAGUCAUAAUGAACGCCAUCUCACUAACAUCAAGAUCUGAAUAAAAGCUAUGUGUUCUAAUUCA